AUGCCUGACGAUACAUCCAAAUCAGCAUCUAUUCCCUCAUGGCAGACGGCCAAUAAAUCAGCCGAAGAGUCGCCAUCGCCGACCUCCGACAAUGCGCCCGCAACUACAGCCUCCACAUCCCGACAAGCUCUCCUAGACCAAGCAUCCAAAUUCCUAGAAGACGAGUCAAUCCGCGAUGCACCAACAGAGCGCAAAGUUUCAUUCCUCGAGUCCAAAGGUCUGAGCUCAGACGAUAUCGAGCAGGUCCUCGGCGUCUCUCGCAACGCAGAGCCGAGCAGCAGCUCAACCACAGCCGAGGACAAGACACAGGAAGAGACGCCAUCUACCUCACCCACUCAAUCCAAAGUCACCCCUUCUUCUCCUCCUCGCCAGCGCCAACCGCGGCCCCCCGCGACGUCCCCCCCAAUAAUCACCUACCCCGAAUUCCUCUUCGAGUCAUCCAAGCCACCACCCCUCGUGACAAUGCGCAGCCUCCUGUACACACUAUACGGCGCCGCAGGUCUAGGAGCAAGUCUCUACGGCGCAAGCGAGUACCUCGUGAAACCCAUGCUAGCAAGCCUAACAAGCGCACGACACGAGCUCGCCAGCACAGCAGAAACAAACCUGCAAAAGCUAAACGAGAAGCUGGAGAAGACCGUAUCCGUGAUUCCGGCAGAGUUAACAGCACGCAAGAGCAAGCCCUACAGCGACGAAGAAGACGAUGACGCCUCGUCGAUCACCUCGGACCCAACCGAGCUGUUCCACCGGGACGUCGCAACACAGACGAGUCCAGAGCCCACCCCUGUGAUCAGCGCUACUGGUGCCGUCAACUCGGCGGACCCGGCGGCUGUCUCUCCAUCGACGGCGGUUAAUAACCACAUCAGUCGUGUCGAGUCUAUUACAUCCAAGCUGCGGGAGAUCGUUGACUCAGAGAAGGAUGCGAGUACGUUGGAUGACUCGAUGCGGACGCGUCUCACGGAAUUGCAUCAUUAUUGUGAUGGGUUGAUCUAUAGUGGUCCUACGUACUCUACUGGGUCGACCUAUGGGGUUUGGAAUUCCAAUACCUCGGGCUCGAAUGAUAACUCUGGUACACGGAAAUCGGAGGAUGAGGCUAUUGCUGGAUUUAGGGCUGAUAUUCGUGGUGUGAAGGGUGCGCUGUUGAGUGCGCGCAACUUCCCUGCUAGUCGGGGUGGACGGCUUGGUGGUCUUCCCGCCGGUGGACGAUGA